AUGUCAGAUUUCCCAUUACCAUCAAUCCAAACAUCCAUUCUUACACAAGUUGACGGUUCCUGCGAAUGGUCACAAAAUACAACUACUGUCAUCACUUCUGUUAGUGGUCCCAUAGAAGCAAGAACUAGAGAUGAAAUCCCCACAGCCGCAACAGUUGAUCUUAUUGUCCGACCACAAAUCGGACUUUCAACAACUAGAGAACAUCUCAUGGAAGAAAAAAUCCAAAAUGCAUUUUCUUCAAUCAUUUUUAAAGUCUUAAAUCCACGCGCACUAAUCCAAGUCGUUGUACAAGUCAUUGAAGCUGGAGAAUUACCAAAAUACAAUGUCCUUGAACUCUCUGCAGCAAUAAACUCUCUUUCAAUCUCUCUCAUUGAUGCUGGUAUCCCGCUCUUUAGUAUAGCUUGUGCUGCUCCAGCUGCUGUCAUUGAAAAGAAAGACGAACCUCCCCAAAUUAUUAUUCAUCCUACUUCCCAGAAACUUAAAGAAGCUUCUUCUUGGCAUAUUAUAGUCUAUGAAAUUAAGGAAAAUAAUCCUACAAGACUUGUCCUUUGCGAAAGUACAGGUGAAUUUACUAAAGAUCAACUAUAUAAAGUUCUUGAGCUUUCUGCUGAAGCUGCCGCAAAAUCUUUCCAAUUUAUUAAAGCUGCUACGGCUGAAAAACUCAAAAGAGAUUUCAAAUGGAAGAAUUAA